CCCGCGCCCCGCUCCGCCGCUCCAGCAUGCACGGAGGAUGCUCGCGUCUUGCUCGGGCAGGAAGGGGCCGGAGGGCAGAUACCCGCUGCAUUACCUCGUCUGGCACAACCGAGCCCGGGAGCUGGACCGAGAGCUCAGCGCCAAGCAGGCCGACAUCGAGCAGCUGGACCCCCGAGGACGCACCCCGCUGCACCUGGCCACCACACUGGGCCACCUGGAGUGCGCCCGGGUGCUGCUGAAGCAUGGAGCUGAUGUGGGCAAAGAGAACCGCAGCGGCUGGACAGUGCUACAGGAGGCCGUGAGCACCCGUGACCUCGAGUUGGUGCAGCUGGUCCUGCGCUACCGUGACUACCAGAGAGCCAUCAAGCGCCUGGCUGGGAUCCCCAUCCUGCUGGAGAAGCUGCGCAAGGCCCAGGACUUCUAUGUGGAGAUGAAGUGGGAGUUCACCAGCUGGGUGCCACUGGUGUCCAAGAUCUGCCCCAGUGACACGUACAAGGUGUGGAAGAGCGGCCAGAACUUGCGGGUGGACACCACGCUGCUGGGCUUUGACCAUAUGACCUGGCAGCGGGGCAACCGCAGCUUUGUCUUCAGGGGACAAGACACCAGCGCAGUGGUGAUGGAGAUUGACCAUGACCGGCGAGUGGUCUACUCGGAGACACUGGCCCUGGCCGGCCACGACCAGGAGGUGCUGCUGGCUGCUGUGCAGCCCACGGAGGAGCAGGUGAUGGGUCGGCUCACAGCCCCCGUCGUCACCACCCAGCUUGAUACCAAGAACAUCGCCUUUGAAAGGAACAAAUCUGGGAUUCUGGGUUGGAGAAGUGAGAAGACAGAGAUGGUGAAUGGGUAUGAGGCCAAGGUCUACGGCGCGUCCAACGUGGAGCUGAUCACACGGACGCGGACGGAGCACCUCUCAGACCAGCACAAGGGCAAGAGCAAAGGUAGCGCGUGGGGUGGUGGUGGGCACAGGGCUGCAGUGCUCGGCCUCACGCCCUGUCUUGCAGGCAGUAAGACCCCACUACAGUCCUUCCUGGGCAUCGCUGAGCAGCACGUGGGGCCCAACAAUGGGACGCUGAUCACGCAGACGCUGAGCCACACCAACCCCACCGCCAUCACCCCUGAGGAGUACUUCAACCCCAACUUCGAGCUGGGCAACAGGGACAUGGGACGGCCCAUGGAGCUCACCACCAAGACGCAGAAGUUCAAGGCGAAGCUGUGGCUGUGCGAGGACCACCCGCUGUCCCUCUGUGAGCAGGUGGCCCCCAUCAUCGACCUGAUGGCCAUCAGCAACGCGCUCUUCGCCAAGCUGCGUGACUUCAUCACUCUGCGCCUCCCGCCCGGCUUCCCUGUCAAGAUUGAAAUCCCCAUCUUCCACAUCCUCAAUGCCCGCAUCACCUUUGGGAACCUCAAUGGGUGCGAUGAGCCCGUCAGCUCCCUGCGCAACAGCCCCAGCAGUGAGGCCCCCUCGCCCAGCAGCGAUUCCUCCAGUGUCAGCAGCUCCAGCUCCCUGACGUCCUGCCGGGCGUGUGAGAUGGACCCGGCGCUCUUUGAGGUGCCACGGGGGUACAGCGUGGUGGGCACCCACCAGGAUGCUCUGCGGGAGGAUGAGGAUGAUUUGCUGCAGUUUGCCAUCCAGCAGAGCCUGCUGGAAGCAGGCAGCGAGUAUGACCAGGUCACCAUUUGGGAAGCACUGACCAACAGCAAGCCAGGCACCCACCCCAUGUCGCACGAGGGACGCCGGGGAGACAGGUUGGACUCCCCAGCACACGGCAGCCCCCAGACCCCCCUCCAGCCCGGCGCCGGGGGGCGGCGGGGGGCCCAGCACGCUGUUUCCCAGCUACGCGGAGCAGCUGCGCCUGGCCAUGGCGCUGUCGGCGCGGGAGCAGGAGGAGGCCGAGCGGCGGACACGGCAGGAGGAAGAGGAGCUGCAGCGCAUCUUGCAGCUCUCCCUGAUGGAGAAGUGACCCCCCGACCCCACUGAGCCCCCCCUACACCGACUUGGGGCCUGGGGACGUGUGUAUGGGGCACAGAGGGGUGCGUGGGGGGACGGUCCGUGCAGAGGACAAAUAGGGGGGCUGCAUCAGCCCCGUAGCCGGGGCAGGGGUGAGUGCUGGGGGGCACUGGGGGUGGCAGGGAACAGGGGGUGUAUCCUGCAUGCUGCCCCCCCUAUCUGACCCCAGGGAGGCGGGGGGUCACACUCUUCCCCAGUCAUGGGGACACCAUGAGAGCCAUGGGGCUCUGUCCCCCCCUUGGCCCCACUGCCCAGGCGCUACCAAGUGCACUUACCCGGGAGCUGCUCUGCCUGCCAACAGGGGGGGCUCAGCCCCACUGCACCCCUCAGCCCAUGUGGGGCUCUAUGGCCUCACCCCAGGCCAAGGGGGCAACCAAGGGGGGGGCCCGCAAAGGGAUGCCCGGUGUCACCACCUCAUCUUGUGCUUGCACCCUCUCUGCCUUGCUCGGAUGCUCCCCCCCAACCAUGGCAGCGCUGCACCCCCUCAUCCCGGGCACUGCCCCCCACCCCUGGUAAAACCUUACAUCAAAUGGUGCUAAACCCUGGGCCCCCACCUCCUCACCCCGGGCUGUUCCUUCUUUGCACACGGGGGGGGACUGCGGGGUUGCCCCCAAAGGGACUUUUCAUAGUGGCACCCCCUCCCCCCAUCCAUGCACCCCACAAGCGACGUCUGGGCCAGGGCCAGGGGGAGCCUGAGCAGCUCUGACCGUGGCCAACACCAAUAAAUGCUCUGAGAGGA